AUGCCGGCAGAGAGCUCCACGUCUGCCUCAGCCUUCGCCAUUCUCUCCAUCCACAAAAACGACAGCCUCCGCUUCCUCCAGUUCCCCGACGACAUCCACACCAACAUCCAGCCCGUCAUACUGGCCACUUGGCCGCUGGGUAUCCAGUCGUCCGGCCCCUAUGCCGAGUCCUACCAGCACAAGCUCAAGGGCAAGCCGUUCGGCUGGACCAACGAGCAGGAAGUCGUAGGCGGGUUUCGCGUGAUGCGCAACGUCCUUGCCUUUCUGCACGAGCAGUCCUGGCAGCUCGUCACGCCCCUCGUCUGCAGCCGCAAGCACGGCGCGAAGGACACGCUCAUCUUCCGGCGGCGGCCCCUGGACGCCGGGCCCCCGGUGCCCAUGGACUGGUUGGCGGUGGCGCUGAUGGGGAGCGACAGGCUCCGCGUCGUCUAUGACGCCAAGGACGUCAAGCUGUCCGGGGGCGCCGAUUCCGACCACGACCAUCUCGGGGUGCUCAUCUCGGGCCUGAAGAAGGCUCUGGAGGCCAUGGACUGCUUCCAGAAGGGCGACUGGAGCUACGACUCGUUCGAGUUCAAGCUCAAGGGCCGCCCGUGGCUGUCCCAGGGCGAGGACGUGGUCAAGUCGCGGCUGCUGCUGCUGCGCAUCGUCGAGACGCUCGACUCAUCCGGGUGGCGGUCGUGCUGCAGCGUGCUCCAGCGCACCGGCAACGACGACUUUCGCAUGGCAGACACGUGGUACUUCAUGCGGCCAAGGACUCAAGCAGGCGGCGGCAACGAGACGGCGAGCCUGCCGCGGCCGGGAGCUGCGUGA